GGAAACAACAGUAUUUGUAAUGAAGAACAUCAAACUCUGAGCUGUAACCUGAAUUCUUGUCCAAAAUUGAGCAUACUGACAGCGAGCACAGCAGAUUGCCGUUUGUCCUACUGGCCUCUGUGAGGCACACUUACCCAUCUAGGAAAGCAGAGCAGGUAUCUGUAUUCUGCCACCUGUGUGCCAGCCUGGACCAGCUCUCAGACAGCCCUGCCUAUCCUUUCUUGGGCUACUUGGUGCUGCUCUCAGGGCCCCUGAGCAUCCCUGAGAUCUCCAUGAUUGUUGGAAUGGUUAGCCUGUCAGCCACCGACUGCUACAUAGUGCAUGAAAUCUACAGUGGGGAGAAUGCCCAGGACCAGUUUGAAUAUGAGUUGGAGCAGGCGCUGGAAGCCCAGUACAAGUACAUUGUGAUAGAGCCCACCCGAAUUGGAGAUGAGACAGCACGUUGGAUCACCGUGGGCAAUUGCCUGCACAAGACGGCCGUGUUGGCUGGCACUGCCUGUCUCUUCACCCCAUUGGCAUUGCCCCUGGAUUACUCCCACUACAUCUCCCUGCCCGCUGGUGUGCUGAGCCUGGCCUGCUGUACCCUCUAUGGGAUCUCCUGGCAGUUUGACCCUUGCUGCAAGUACCAGGUGGAGUAUGAUGCCUAUAAACUGUCCAGCCUGCCUCUGCACACGCUCACCUCCUCCACACCAGUGGUGCUGGUUCGGAAGGACGACCUGCACAGAAAGAGAUUGCACAACACAAUAGCACUGGCUGCCCUGGUGUACUGUGUAAAGAAGGUUUAUGAGCUCUACGCUGUAUGACUGCAGGAGAGUGGGACGUGAAGCAGAACCACAGGGCCACAGGACUCAGAUCCCUACAGCAACACCUUGGGUUUUCUCCGUGAGGCAACAGCACCUGGGAAAGUGUUUGGUUUAAUACUUGUUAUUUUUAAACAAAAAUAACAGAUCAUGGGUAUGCCAGGGGUUUAUUCAGCUCAUUACACUAAGAUGUCUCUUUCCAUAACCCAGGAGUAGGUCCCAGGUUGAAAUCUGACUGGGCAAUGGAAUAUGGAUGGAGCCAAUGCUACUUACUGAGGGGUAUGAACUUGCUGUGGGGUUGUCUUAAGUAUAUUGUUUAACUAUACCAUUCAGAAGCCAACCGGAAGCUAUUGACCAUUAAAAUUAUGAGAAUUUCA